AUGGCAUUUACCCCACCAGCAACUUGGGUUACCCCUCACACAUGGACACGCGAGAACAGCGAUAUUUUCAUAUCAAAUGAUCCUGCUCUACUAUCCGUAGAGGCUGUCAAACAUGCAUUUGAACAACACUUCGUUUUCUGGGUUACUGAUCCCAUCCCAGAAGAUGCUCUCCGACAAAUGCUUUACGGUGCGGUGAGCUUUGGUGUUUAUAAGCGUAUCCACCCGCGGAGUGAUGAUACUACAUCGACCAAGAACACAGAACAGAUAGGACUUGCACGCAUGACGACAGAUGGGGCUAGCUUCGCCUACCUAGCAGAUGUCUAUGUGCUUCCUGAAUAUCAAGGGAAAGGACUGGGAAAAUGGCUUAUUGAGUGUAUUCGAGAAGUCUUCUCCAAGCCCAAUAUGCCAUAUCUACGCCGCAUUAUGUUAUUCACGGGCAACGAGAGAACUCAAGCAUUUUAUACUAAGCUUCUCAACAUGAAAGAGCUUGGACAUGAGGAAAGACCGGAGCUUGGAAUUGAUUUAAAAAUUCUGUGUGCGCGACCCUAA